GUAAAGGCAGGUAGCAAGUCUCAUAUUAUUGCAUCCGUGCGGUACUCAAACGUCCAUUUCCCCAUACAUUUGACAACCACGUUCUGCCAAUCCUUUUAAUUGUGUGCGUCUUACUGUAUCAUUUACCAGAGGACAACUCUGGAUACGAGAGCAAACCCAGUCUCCCUUCCCCAUCACAUGCUCUAUCCAUUCAAAAAUGUAACUAUUUUCUUUUUAGUUACACCAACAGAACUUCUUUAUAAUGUAUACAUACGAACAUAUAUAUAUAGAGAGAGAAAUUCUCACGUCCAGCAGCCCUCGAUCCGAACGCCGUCCGAACACCGCGUUUUUCUAUGUACAAUUUUGUGCAGUUUUUCUAUAUACAUACAAUUAUUUGUGUUCUUUGCAUUUUUCCUUUGUUAUUAUUGUUGAGGCCGAUGUAGUCCCCCAGUCUCCCACUGCUUUAGGCCGAAGAGUGUGAGGGGUGAAGGAGUUGCUUGAGUCCCUGGCCGAAGCGGCCUCUCCGUAGUGCUCCUGAAUCCAACCCUUAUGGCGAUUUUCUGGCCAAGGUAACCCUGUGGGAGAACCCUUGUGCGCAGAUCGCUUGUAAAGAGUUAUCAUCAGGGGUCGUUACGAAGGCCGACGGCUGCGGGUUCUUUGUUCCUUUGGUUCUGUGGCCGUUACGGGCGUUCAUGACGUUCCUAGCCGUUGUCAUCUCCUUAUCGCUGUGGAGGCAUUUGGUGCCUUGGCCGUUGCGGGCGCUUUGCUGGCAUUGUGAAGCCGGCAAGCGUAUAGGCCGUUGUGGGCGUUCGUUGUCCGUGUGAUCCGUAGGGUUUUACUCCGCCGGUAGGUUAGUUCACGAGCCCGGCCCAUUUCCGAAGGGGUGGCACCUCAUUGGCUGCUGGGAAGGUGACCGCUAAGGUGGCCACUGAUAUGGUGCCACGUGUAGUGACCGUUGGAGAGGAGGUCUAUAAAUACCCCUCCCCUUCCGACGCGGUAACCUCAUUUGCAAUCUGUGCCCACGAAGUGCUGCUGAAAUUUCUAGAGAGAGAGUCUCUGAGGUGUUUGUUCAAGUGUUCUUCCGUUUCUUCAAAUAUUCGAAGGUCAGUUCUUCACCUGUUCCUUUCAUAUUUCAUAUACUUUGCUUCCUGGGCCUUUGAUCUAGUGUUAAUAGGGGAUUCACACUUAUAUCCAAAGUAGAGACCUUUAGGGCGUUAAUAGUUGUAAGAUGAAGAGUUUGGACGAGGAGUACUACCCCUACGACGACCAGCCCUCCACUAGGUCCCUUGACUACGAGGUGCUUGAGGAGUUUGAGGAAGAAAUAGAGCAUCUGAGCCCCUAUAAGGAGGAGUCUGCCUCGUCUUCGAAAGGCGAGGACGCAGGUGCGUCCCGAGUGGUGGACGGGGCGUCCACUUCCACUGCUAUUCCGUGCCUGAAGCCGGUUUCCGCCGUGAAGGGAGCAGAGAGGCCGAAGAGGAUAAGGAGGCCGAAGAGUGGGUCAGGGUACUCCUACCUGGAUCUCACGAAUAUCUACCUUAUCAAGCCGGAGAGCAACGCGGCCGAUUACUUAGUCGCGCAGAUGUAUGUGGGGCCGUUCGGGAGAGUUAGGGCACCCAGGCCGAUGGACCAUGUACUUAAUCCGUCGCCGGGAUACUUCGGAGUGUACCCGAUGAGCUUCGCCAAGGGGCUGAGAUUUCCCCUUCAUCCCUUCAUCACGGAAUACUUGGACAUGGUGGGACUUCCUCCGGCCUUGCUGACCCCGAACAGCUACUCGUUGAUGGCGGGAUUCUUGCUCCGCUGUGCAGAGUUGGGCUACAAGCCGACGACAGCUCUCUUCAUGAACCUCUAUCAGAUUGGCCGAGGAAGCCACAAGAACUGUGCGGCCUACGCUACCCUCCAACAAUUUCCGAAGAAGAGGAGCUUCACGCACUUGCCUUCGUCCAUCCAUGGUUGGAAGAGUAAGUUUGUUUUCGUGUCCCUUGGUGAGAACGGCACUGAAUUUCCCUCUCUCGGCCAUACUGGGAGGUUCAAUCUGCACGACCCGCCGAAGAGUUCGAUCUUGGACGCUCAGGUGGAGGCGUUCCUGGACGGGGGGCCGAGGAGCGUGAAAGAUUACAUUACCUAGUAUAAGAUGACCGCCCUCGGCUUCUUCAGGUAUUAUGUGUAUGGUGACAAGGAGGACGAUGCCCAACUGUGGCCGAGGAUGACCGCUACCUUUGAGGAGGCCGACGGCCCGAAUUUGGGCAUUCCUGCUGAAGCCGAUGGUAAUACUUCCUCCGGCUUUCUUCCUUUGUUUUUGUUCCUUUACCUUGCUAACCUGUUAAUUUUCCUUUGCGUAGACUUCGUGAUGGAUCGCCGUUCGAUAAUGGCCAAGGCCAAGGCCAAGGCGGCCGAGGCGGCGAGGCGUGCCGCGGCCGAGGGAGGCGAGGCUGCUGCUGGUGUGGUCCCGAAGCCUGCCCAGUCAAAGAAGAAACGGCCUCCCACUAACGGCCAGAAAAAGCUGACCGAGGCUGGUCUGAAGCCCGCCAAGAAGACGAAGAGGGCGCCGUCUCCUUCCCUUGCUGAUGAGGUCGGCGUUCUGACCGUCCCAAAUGUGGACGAUGGUGGUUCUGGCGCUGCUGUAGCCAUUGUGGAUCUUACCGCUGCUCCUUCCAGCGUCGUUGCUCAACCGCUCCCUCUCGUCCAGGAGACUCUGACGAAACGGGCUGGCAAGGAGAUUGCCACUGCCACUUACCAGAAAGUGGUGGAGUACCCCGUUGGCGGGGGUGUCUUCGAUGAUGGCGUUGACGGCCAUGAUGUGCUUGCCCAGGCCAUGCCGGCCAAGGAUCGGGUCUACCUCGACAAGCUCGGGGAUGUCAAGAUCUAUGAAGGCGGGAUGGACCUCAUCGUCCAAGGUGCCUUUAUGCUCAUGGAGAGCAACAAAAGGCAGCAACGGGAGAUUGCUCGCCUGAAGGAGUUCGAGCAAAAGGCUGCCUCGGCCGAUGAGGCGAUGACCUGCUUGGAUCGGCUUCGAGAGGAUGCCAAAGCUCUGCAGAAGAGAGCCGAUGAGGCUGCUGCAGCCAAGGACGAUGCCCUGGCCAAGCUUGCGGAGAGCCAGAGGGCACUUGAGGUUGAGCGGCGCAGGACUGAUGAGGUCGUGAAGGCUAAGAUUGAGGCCGAGGCUGCUGCUGUGAAGGCUGCUGAUGAGGCCGUCCAAAAAUUCCUGACCGAGGGCUGGAAGGCCGACGAGCGGCUCCCCUGGUGCUAUGAAGUUGUGGCCGCCAAGCUCGAGGAUUGGGGAAUGAACUCCCCCGCCGGCCAGGAGUACUUUCAAAGGGAGAUGUCCGUGUACUACAACAUGGGCCAACAACGGAUGCAGAGGCUCCUAUGCCGGCGGCUGGCGCGUGCCCUUAAGGCGAUGAACUACACCUCUGGGUGGGCGAGGCGGAACCUGAGGCUUCCCAGGCUGAUGAAGGAUCCCGAGGAGUAGGCCAAGCUCCCCCCUUCGGAAAGGGAGGCCCCGAUCGAUAGUUCCGGCCUCGGCGAGCCGGACUACGAUGAGUUUGAUUUCUUGGACGACGCUACGAGCUCUGCAGUCGCUGUCGGUCAGAACACUGAGGCCGAGGAGGAAACCGAGGAUGCCGAUGAGCAGACCCAUGCUGAGCAUGUUGCAGAUGAAGGCGCCCAGGAGGCGUGAUCGGCCAUUCCCUUAUCUUUUAUUUGUAAUUAGUAGCAUCC